CCAAACCUUUCAACUAGACAACAAUAAACGAGAUAAAAAAACGUAUUAUACCAUGGUGGCCGCCGGCGACAUGAGGAGCCUGACCGUCCACACCGUGAAGGGGCGGUGGUUCAUGGUCUUCGCCUGCCUCCUCAUCAUGUCCGCCGCCGGCGCCACCUACAUGUUCAGCCUCUACUCACCCGACGUCAAAUCCUCCCUCGGCUACGACCAGACCACCCUCAACCUCCUCAGCUUCUUCAAGGACCUCGGCGGCAACGUCGGCGUCCUCUCCGGCCUCAUCAACGAGGUCACCCCGCCCUGGGUCGUCCUCUCCAUCGGCGCCGCCCUAAACUUCUUCGGCUACUUCAUGAUCUGGCUCGCCGUCACCGGCAAGCUCACCCACGUCAAGGUGUGGCAAAUGUGCCUCUACAUCUGCGUGGGCGCGAACUCCCAGUCGUUCGCCAACACCGGGGCGCUCGUCACGUGCGUCAAGAACUUCCCGGAGAGCCGCGGCGUCGUUUUGGGGAUUUUGAAAGGCUACGUGGGGCUUAGCGGCGCGAUCAUCACUCAGCUCUACCACGGAUUCUACGGCGACGACUCCAGGUCGCUCAUCCUCCUCAUCGCCUGGCUCCCCGCCGCCGUCUCCUUCGCCUUCCUCGUCACCGUCCGGAUCAUGAAGGUGCCGGUCCGGCACUCGGACGAGAUCAGGGUCUUCUACAACUUCCUCUACAUCUCCCUCGGCCUCGCCGGGUUCCUGAUGGUCAUGAUCGUCCUCCAGAAGCAGUUCCGGUUCGACCGGGGCGAGUACGGCGGCAGCGCCGCCAUGGUCCUCGUCCUGCUCUUCCUCCCCCUCGCCGUCGCCGUCGUCGAGGAGUACAAGAUCUGGAAGGACAAAAGAGUCAUUCCGCAAUUUUCCGGUCCGAUCGGACCGAAACCCAUACCCGAACCGGUCAAAAUCGUUGCCACCCCCGCUCCCACCACUAAUGUGGUCCUCCAGGAUGGGGACCACAGUGACGCGGCAGGAUCGUCGUCCUCCUGCUGGAGGACCGCGUUCCGGCCGCCGAGCAGGGGCGAGGACUUCACCAUCCUGCAGGCCCUGUUCAGCCCCGACAUGUUGAUCCUGUUCCUCGCCACGACCUGUGGCGUCGGCGGGACCCUGACCGUGAUCGACAACCUCGGCCAGAUCGGGACCGCCCUGGGCUACCCGAAAAAAUCGAUCAGCACGUUCGUCUCGCUCGUCAGCAUCUGGAACUACCUGGGCCGGGUCGGGUCGGGUUUCCUGUCGGAGCACCUCCUGACCGCGUACAAGUUCCCACGACCUCUGAUGUUCACCUUAAUCCUCCUCCUCUCCUGCCUCGGCCACCUCCUGAUCGCGUUCGACGUCCCGGGCGGGCUCUACCCGGCGUCGAUCGUGACCGGGUUCUGCUUCGGAGCCCAGUGGCCGCUCCUGUUCGCGAUCAUAUCGGAGAUCUUCGGGUUAAAGUACUACUCCACGCUCUACAACUUCGGGUCGGUGGCCAGCCCGAUCGGGUCGUACCUGCUCAACGUCCGGGUGACCGGUUACCUAUACGACAAGGAAGCGAGGGAGCAGCUCGAGGCGUCGGGUCGGGUCAGGGCACCGGGUCAGGACCUGAAUUGCGUCGGGUCCAAGUGUUUUAAGCUGGCUUUUGUUAUAAUCACGGCCGUGACUCUGUUUGGGACGCUUGUGUCGCUGGUUCUGGUGAUGAGGACGAGGAAGUUUUACCGGGGUGAUAUUUACAAGAGGUUCCGGGAGGAGGCGGCGGCGGCGCCGGUGGAGCAGGAAAUGACGGUGGCGGAGGGGAAAGUAAAAGAUAGGCAAGAGGACUAAUUAUUAAAGCGUAGAGAUUGACGUGUGGGAGAAAAGAUGGGGAAGAGAAGACAUCACGGAAGUUGUCAUUUGUCAAACUCCAUUAGAGAUUAAUUUAGUGUCUCAUUCCUCUAUGGUGAUUUGAUUUGCAUAAUCAUGGCGGUGGUGAUGACGAACUUUCCCUAACCUCCUACCUUCUAAUUAACCCAAAAUGUACGGAGAGAUCUUUCACCAAAUGUAUGAAGAUUGAAGACAUAACGUAAAGUGGGUGUGAUGGUUAGAAUGUAAUGGAGUUGUAUAAUAAUGGGCAUAUACAGACAUUUGAUAGCUACAAGUGAUAGAAACAUGGAUUUUGGGCACUAGUGAUUACUCGUAAUCGAAUACAAUAGAAGGGGUUUAGGAAUUGGGGAGAUAGCUCGAAUUAGUGAUUUAAGAUGGAGAAUCGAAAACUGUGAUAGGAAGAACAUAAUUUGAGAUUGGAGAUUUAAUUAGAGGAGAAAAUUGAGCAUAGUAGGGAUAAAAUGGUCCAUGACCUUACGGGUAGGAAAUACGAGAUAAAAUGGCCAAAUGGUCGACGGCAUUAGAGAUAAUUGUUUUACUAUUCUUCUUUCGUAAUUCUAACGAGAUGUGCAAUGUACGUACAUAUAGGACAAUAAUCGAAACCCUACUUGAUAAUAAAAAUUGUCCCAGGCUCCUAGCUAACAAUUGAACAAGCAAGUAAGUAUAUAACAACUAGAUUAGGGCCCCGCCUCUUGGCCGGGAGAAUUUGAUUUUCAUGUGUAUGUGUAGUAAACAUUGAGGUAUAUAUUUUUUUAUGGUUCAUGUUGUUAGAAUCGCACCCUGGGCUACCAUCCCUUCGUGCCGUGCUGACAUAGUUAUUCACCUUAAUAUGAUUAGAGUAGACUGGAGAUCCUAUAAACUCUUAAAAGAAGAUCCUUGACUCGUUUUCCUUUCCUUUAAAACAAAAGCCUUUAAAACUGAGACCGAUAUUCUAGUAUUCCUUGGAGACCAAGGAACAGAGGAAGACCGGCUCUAAUACCAAAAUGAAACACUCUAACCCGGCCGGAUACUACUUUUACUAAAAUGCCCUUGAUAAAUAAAAUGCUCAAAUCUUAAAUUGCAGCGGGAAAAAUUUUCACAAAUAAAAUACUGAAAACACACACUUGUAGUUCAAAGCAAAGCCCUAACACGUGGGCAAAUUAAACUCAAACUUUAAAUCUCAAUCUGUUCUCCAGUUUAUACUCAUAAUCAUAAAACGUAAAUAACUAGGUAGUCUCUGUCGUCGCUGCUACUGAAAAUCUUAACUAGGCAUCCUCCGUGGCGCUUGCACUGCCCUCCUCUAGCUGGUUGCUCUCGAACUUUUCCUCUCGAACUCGCUGCUCUCUAACUGCUCCUCUAGCUAGCUGCUACCGAUCUGGUUCUCGCUCAUUCCCUUACUAAGGCCUGGUGAGUGAGUUGGGGUCAGUCAACGCCCUUACGUGUUAAUAAUUCUAAUACUUGAGUACUUUACUUAAACACUUAACUUUGACUGGUGGAAGUUGUUUGUACUUCCAAACUUAAAAUCUUAACUCUUAAACUUUGAGGGAGUUGAAGUUACUCUCCUCUCUUAAAGCUCAAAUCUUGACUUAAAUACUUGACUGACACGGGGAUCCCUCACUAGCUAGUCCGGUUGCCAACUCAUACGUAUGAGAAGCCAUCCAGGCUUUACUUAAACUUAAACUUAGUUAGGGAAGUCGUAACGAUUCAUCCCCCUAACAUCUUUAACUUAUCGUGGUGGCUCUUCACUACGAUUCUCAAGAGCAUAACUGUUGCUCUGUCUCAAAGAUCUCAAGAGCAUAACUCUUGCUCUAUCUGAAAAUCUCAAAUGGCAACGGACUGGCGCUAGUGACUAAAAACACUUAAAACGA